AGCCGUCAGUUGAAGGCGGCGGAGGGCUUUUCUCGCCGCUACUGCUGAUGUGUUAGAUUUUUCUGGACACGGCAGCUGUUCGGACGAUCAGUUUGAUUGAACGCGGGGAACAUGUUCGUUUCCUCCUGUGUAUGAAGUCGCCGACUUUUCUCUGUGGAUUACCGUGUGGAUGUUGUGACGUCGUACUGUUACACGUCAGUGUUAGAUCACACCCAUGUGUUAGCGAGCGAGUAGGGCGCCUACGUUUGUGUCUAUGUGUGUACCCAAACUUUGAUUGUGUUUUUGGUCAGGCGCGGAGCAUCCAUGACGUGCUGACUCCACUGGACGGAGCCAUCUUUGUUUCCAAUUGUUUGCUGUGUCAGCUGUCGUACCGGGUUCAUGUGUCAACAUCGUGUACCGACCAAUGGUGAACAAUUUAUCUUUCACCACCGUGAGUGACGUGUACACAUGACGUAAUGACCUCGCUGGGCGUGUAGGGCGGGUAACUCUGUGAUUGGAUUAUGUGGAGGUAACUCAGUGAACACAAUGGCAGACACGGACAAGUGCUGUAAGGAUGCCGUAACAAAUGGCGAGAAUGGACUGGUUAGCCCGCCCCAGCCCUACUUGUCUGACGCUCCGCUUGACCCCCGGGCCGGGAAACUGGUCAAAUCGACAACAAUGUUUUCAGCCAACGGCAGACGUCACUCCAAGGGCUAUAGGGACGGUGUUGGUACUAAGUUAUCCAUUUUAGAUAUACGCCAACAGUUAAAUGACCAGCUGAAAUGCCUUGAAAUCAAACUAGACACUGAGGUAUCCAUAGUAACUGAACUUCAAGAAUUUUUCAAACGGAGGGCAGAGGUAGAACAGGAAUAUGCCAGAAACCUGGACAAGCUGGUCAAGAACAUGAUAGCCAGACAUAGGGCAGAGAAACAAAAGAAAUGUUUUCUCAAGUGUUAUCUGUCCCCCUCCAGACAAGAGCAAUGGGCCACCAUGUCAACCUACGACUGCUGGAAGAAUCUGCUGGCCAUCACACGCAAGCAGAGUCAGGACCAUCAGAUCAUAGCAGAGAUCUACAACAACCAGAUGGUCAGCAGGCUAGCUGAGGUCAUUGACAACUCACAGAGGAUUUUCAGAAAGUGUAGAGAAAUAGGAGCCGUCUCCCAUGAAGAUAUGAUGAAAGUUCUCAAUGAAUUACAAAGUGCCAUGAAGACCUACCACCUGUACCAGAAUGAGAGCAAGCAGGCUGAGCUGAAGCUGAAGAACGUGGAGUCUCAGAAACAAAAGGUGGAGCAGCAGCUCUCUGGGAAAAACAGCAGCAGUAGGAAACUCAAGGGGCUGGAGAGACAGGUGGAGAAGAAACAACAGAAAUAUGCUGACAACAAGCUGAAGGCCCUGAAGGCUAGGAAUGAUUACCUGCUGUGUAUAGACGCAGCCAAUGCAGCCAUCAACAAGUAUUUUUCUGAUGAUAUUUCUGAUCUCAUGGAUUGCAUGGACUUUGGCUACCACAACUCCGUGGGUAGAUCAAUGAUGAUGUACCUGGGCAUACACGAGCACCAGAAGAACACCCACGCCAAGUCCAUCGACAUGCUCAACGCCUGCAUCACAGACCUGGACUCUAGAGCUGACAAGCAGAAGUUCAUGGAACUCAACAAUGUUUACUUUAUGCUGCCCAAAAAAUUUGAAUUCCAGCCAUUCAAAGGAGAUGAGGUGUGUCAGAUCAGUGCACAAAAAGAAGUUCAAGAUGACCUGCUACAGCGGCACUUGACCAUUGAGGACAGGCUCAACAGUCUCAAAGUGGAGAAUGAUGAGAUCUGGAAGACGCUAGAAACUACGGAGAAAACGCUGGUUGAUGCCAUUCAAGUCAGGGACUACGACAUUACCAAAUACUUUGAGGAUGAGUCCGCCCCGCCCAGGUCGCCCCAUGAACAAGCUAAGCUGAGAGCUGACAGACUGGAGACAGAGUCCUAUUACCUAGAGAAAUUCAGAGAAUACACACUGAGCUGCAACCGCUUGGCCAGACUUCAGUCUAAACAUACGGCCAUACAGAGGGCUCUAGGGGAGAAACAGAGCUCAGGGUCAUCUCGGCCUCCCGCACCCCCACCUAAGCCAAAGAAACGCAGGAUAGGCCACCACCCGCGGGUGGGACAACCCAAACUAUUUGGGGGAAGUCUGGAAGAAUAUAUUGAGGCAACAAGCCAGGAAAUCCCACUUAUAAUCAAGAGCUGCAUCAGAGUCAUUAAUUUAUAUGGGCUUCACCACCAAGGUGUGUUCAGGGUGUCUGGCGCCCAGGUAGAAAUCAAUCAGUUUAAAAGUACAUUUGAAUCAGGAGAAGAUGCUCUGGCUGAUGUUAUAGAUGCUAGUGAAAUCAACUCAGUAGCAGGGGUUCUAAAACUGUACUUCAGAGAACUCAGGGAGCCAUUGUUUCCACUUCACCUGUUUGAUGCUCUAGUGGAAUGUACAAGGGAGAAAGAAAUGUCCAAACGUGUGGAGAGGAUCAAAGAUUUGUUGUCUGGGGUCAACCGAGCCAUUUUUGUUGUCAUGAGAUACCUAUUUGCCUUCCUAAACCACUUGACUGAAUACAGUGAUGAGAAUAUGAUGGACCCUUACAACUUGGCCAUCUGUUUUGGGCCAACGCUGCUGCCCAUCCCACCAGACCGUGACCAGGUGACCUUCCAGGCUAGCGUCAAUGAAAUCAUUAAGAUCAUCAUUGUGCACCAGGAGGAGAUCUUCCCCAAUGAUGGUGGAGAAAUUUACGAGAAAAUGAUUCUUGACAGGAUUUCAUGGAUAAGUCAGUCACGAGACAGUGUUGAUGCUGUUGAUGAUGAUGAAGAAGAAACAUGUUCUAUCCCAAGUGACGAAGAAGAGUCUGUGUAUGAACCUGAUGUUGUUGAGGCCACAGCUGUCUUUGAUUUUGAAGCCAGAUCAGCCCGUGAACUCUCCUUCAAGAAAGGUGACACUUUGGUGCUGUACAGUCGUGUGUCCAGUGAUUGGUGGGAAGGAUGUUUCCACGGCAAGGAGGGUCUCAUCCCAGACAAAUACAUUCUUCUCAAACAUGUGGAGGACAACAAGAGCCAACACAGCCACGAAGAGGAGAGGAAUUUGAUGAGCUCUAGCCUGACUCUACCAUCCCACCCAUCCAGACCUACCAGCCAUGACUCUGGCCUUGAGGCGUCAGACAAGUCCCUGUCACAACCCAAUGUGGCUAUCAUAAGAGAAACUGAUAUCCUUAAUGUGGACCCUGAGCUGUCUCCCCCUCCUAUACCAAGGGAGAGUAAUGUGGGUGGUGUCAAAAGCUUGGAGACCACACCGCUGAAGAAAGAGUUGCUCAAAGACAGCAUCAGCACAAUCCCAGAGAAGACGGGAGAGACGGAGAAGUUGAGGCCCUCUCCCAGUGCUUCACCUACAACAGCAAUGAUGAAGUCGGCCAUUUUAUCUACUUCACUCAUGUCCACUUCACUGAUUGGCAUUGGGUCUAAAACUGCUGAGAGAGAGAAAGAAAUUUCCAGCAAGAACGAGAUCUUGGUGAAUGACAGUCUGAGCACAAUGUCUGACACAUCAUCUGAAGAUUUUAGUGUGGACAUUGACUCGGCCCUGGAGGAGGUCAUGGCUGGACUCAAAUCUUUAGAGAUGCAGCAAAAACAGGACAAAAGGAUGUCCCUCCCAGCGGUCAAGGUCAAACAGACACCAAAACACACCCCUGACUUGGUGAUUGACCUCCCUGACGGGGACACGUCAGGCUCCUCUACUGACCCCUCCCAGCCUGACAGCCCCACCAUUAGCGCUGCAGAAACUUUUGCUCAGUCCAACCAAGGCACCCUGAAGAAAGCCAGCAACCCUCAAGUUGGCCGCCAGGACCACAGCAGCAGGCUGAGCAUCUCUUCAGAGCCUGGUGACUUAGCCAGGUCACGUGACCGGGAGGGUCUGACCACUUUUUCUAUAUCUUCACUCAACAAGUCAUCCCCAGCUCGAAGCCAGUCCAACGAAGGAACCCGCCGAACUGAUCUUUCUUCUUCUCUGAUCUCAACCUCUACAUCCAACUCAUGCCCCUCUCCACCUAUCUUCUCCCCUGCACAAAACUACAGUCCAGGUAACCCCCCAGCCAACACCUUGCCUCCACCUGUUGCUCAAAAACCAAAGCCCCCCAUGAAAGUGAAGCCACCAGUCAUGAAAAAACCAGCCUCCCGGCCGGACCUCUCCCCCCCUGUACAACCACCCCCUUGAGCAGUGUUCACACACCACCACCAUUUUAUGCCAAAUAUACUCAACCUCUCCCCCAGUGGGAAAUGCUUCCAAAACUUGGUUACAUUGUUACUCCUUCUUGUGCUGUCUCAGCAUUUCUUCCAUGUUCUUUCUUAUUCAAACAAAUGAUGUGAUCAACUCAUGUAACUUUAGAGCUCACCAACUUGUUCUGUAGGUCAAGCAGGUAGAUCGCACCUGUGGUUUCAGCACUGGAGUUUGUUGAAAACCUUAUCAGUUUCAGGAUAGGCAUGCAUGUCAUUUUAAUUUAGUGGAAGAACAUUUUUUUUUUUUUUCAUGUGCAAUGAAGGCGACUAAUUAUUUUCUUUUGAUUCAUGUCUAUGUAACUUUUGAUAUUUUUGUAUUUAGAAAUGGAAAAUUAAAACAUGACCUUUGAUUUCUGAAGCUUGUUGCUGAUGAAUGUCACCUUUGAACCCAUGACUAAGUUUGUUUACACAUUUCUAACAAGCUCAUGUGACCUUAAAUAAAAUAAAUUUGGAGCAUAGAACCAAAAAAUCCAGUGUGACUUGGAAUACUAAUAUUACUAACUUUUUUUGUUUAUUUAAAGUUUGUCAUGAAUGUAUGUUCCACAUGAAAAAAUUCUAGCUUCAGUACAUGUUUUAAUUAGUUUGCAACAAAUGUUGACCAUAAUUCAUUCAGUGUUAAAGGUUUGUUGGUUAGAUAUUAUAAAUAAUGUCCAUUACUGUCUUGUAAAUCCAAAUACUAAGGUAUAAACAAUUUAUCAUUAAAAUUAUUUUUGCUUCUAACA